UUUUGAGGUCCCCAUGUGUCCCUCCUGCUGAUAGGGCUGAGCCUCUGCCUGUGGUCAUAGACCUCCACUGUCCCAGCUGGUGGCCCCUUUCCUGUUCCUGUCCCUUCGAACUCCUGGGUCGAGGUACCUGAGAAGUGGAAUGGAGGAGUCCACCUUUUCAACAAAACAUCCCAGGUGAAAGUGGCCCCCUUUGAGAAAUGUGCUCUAUUCUAGCCUCCCCUGAACUUGUCUGCUGACAAGAACCUACUAGAGAGCUCUCAGCCAGGAGCCCUUCCUGGGGAGCCUGGCCCAUGGCAUACAAGAGUUGGCUGUUCAUCUUUGUCUUGUUUUUUGUAAUUCCCCAAUUCAUUUUAAAUUCUUUCUUUAAAUGUAGUUUGUUGUUGGUCUCUUCAUACACAUCCCGGCACUUACAGAAUGGUGAUAAAAAAGAAGUCAGUGGUCAACUCUUAUUUGUUCCAGGUAGAAUGGCAGGUGCUAUGUACACACUUUUUCCUUUAACCUUCACCAAAACUGCCAGUGCUGACACGUGCCUGGGAGAGGGCAAGGCUGAACUUCAGAGCCCCCACCCUGGCCACUGUGACAGUCAUCCUGAUAACCCUCAGCACCUAUAGGGAACUCUUUCCAGACUUAAUUGUUUACCACAACUGUCAAUCUAAUAGGAAGAUUUAUAAGAAAUGUUUACCAGUCCCCACUCUCCAAACCCCCACCCCAGGUCCUGGCUCAUUUCAAGUCAGUGGACACAAUACAGAGUGAGUCUCAGUUUAUUUUUACCACAGUGGGGCCAUUGUGGUUUCUUUAUCAUAUCCCACAUCCAGGAGCCCAAUAUACACUAUGCUUCAGAACAUACCCUUAGUACCCCCAUCCCCUCUUUCUUACAUUUUUGAUGCUUUUAUUCAGGGAGUUUGGGGGAAAUCCUGGCUCCAGACCUCCCCUCUCCAGAGUGGAAUGGGCUCAGGCACUGUAUUUCAGCCAGGUGCUUAGAGGCAUCUGGCGGCCCAGCCUCUUCUGUGCAGCUUCAGCUUCAGGGCUUCUGUCCCAGUCAGAGUUUCCUUCUCCACUUGAUUUGUCUGCCGUCCAGAUGAUAGGUUCUCAUCUCUCUAGCCCCCACUCGGGUGGGGGUGCUGCAUGAAGAGCUUGUUGCCAGUUCAGAACCUUUGUCUAGGUUCUGCAGAGCACAGGGCUCAGGGCAGUCAGCAUGCCUGCCCCAGUGGGAGAGGAGACCCAUAGUUGAAUGGAGCAUCCGGUCUAGAAGCUUGCGAGAGCUUCCCAUUUCCUGAGGAGGCUUGUAGUGCCUCCAGGUAGAGGUGUCAGGGUGGGGCCUCAGAGGCCUCUCACCAUGAUCAGGGCCUGGAGUCUGGUUUCUUGCAGGGCUGAGAUGGUGGUGCCUGACUUCUCAGAGCUGUUCAAGGAGAGAGCUACAGCACCUUUCUUUGUGUUCCAGGUGUUCUGCGUGGGGCUCUGGUGCCUGGACGAGUAUUGGUACUACAGCGUCUUCACGCUGUCCAUGCUGGUGGCCUUCGAGGCCUCCCUGGUGCAGCAGCAGAUGCGCAACAUGUCCGAGAUCCGGAAGAUGGGCAACAAGCCCCACACAAUCCAGGUCUACCGAAGCCGCAAGUGGAGGCCCAUUGCCAGCGACGAGAUUGUUCCCGGGGAUAUUGUCUCCAUUGGUCGCUCACCACAGGAUAACCUGGUGCCAUGUGAUGUGCUGCUGCUUCGGGGCCGCUGCAUCGUGGACGAGGCCAUGCUCACAGGGGAGUCAGUGCCACAGAUGAAGGAGCCCAUUGAAGACCUCAGCCCCAACCGGGUGCUGGACCUGCAGGCUGACUCCCGGCUCCAUGUCAUCUUUGGGGGCACCAAGGUGGUGCAGCACAUCCCCCCCCAGAAGGCCACAACAGGCCUGAAGCCGGUCGACAGUGGGUGCGUGGCCUACGUCCUAAGGACUGGAUUCAACACUUCUCAGGGCAAGCUGCUGCGCACGAUCCUCUUUGGGGUUAAGAGAGUGACUGCGAACAACCUGGAGACCUUCGUCUUCAUCCUCUUUCUCCUUGUCUUUGCCAUCGCGGCAGCCGCCUACGUAUGGAUUGAAGGCACCAAGGAUCCCAGCCGGAACCGCUACAAGCUGUUUCUGGAAUGCACACUCAUCCUCACGUCAGUAGUACCCCCCGAGUUGCCCAUCGAGCUGUCUCUGGCUGUCAACACCUCCCUCAUCGCCCUGGCCAAGCUCUACAUGUAUUGUACGGAGCCCUUCCGGAUCCCCUUUGCUGGAAAGGUGGAGGUCUGCUGCUUUGACAAGACAGGGACCUUGACCAGCGAUAGCCUGGUGGUGCGCGGUGUGGCUGGGCUCAGAGAUGGAAAGGAGGUGACCCCUGUGUCCAACAUCCCUGUAGAAACACACCGGGCCCUGGCCUCAUGCCACUCCCUAAUGCAGCUAGACGAUGGCACCUUGGUGGGUGAUCCUCUGGAGAAGGCCAUGCUGACAGCGGUGGACUGGACACUGACCAAAGAUGAGAAAGUAUUCCCCCGAAGUAUUAAAACUCAGGGGCUGAAAAUUCACCAGCGCUUUCAUUUUGCCAGUGCCCUAAAGCGAAUGUCCGUGCUCGCCUCCUACGAGAAGCUGGGCUCCACCGACCUCUGCUACAUCUCAGCUGUGAAGGGGGCCCCUGAAACCCUGCACUCCAUGUUCUCCCAGUGCCCACCCAACUAUCACCACAUCCACACGGAGAUUUCCCGGGAAGGAGCCCGCGUCCUGGCUCUGGGGUACAAGGAGCUGGGACACCUCACCCACCAGCAGGCCCGGGAGGUCAAGCGGGAGGCCUUGGAGUGCAACCUCAAGUUCGUCGGCUUCAUUGUGGUCUCCUGCCCGCUCAAGGCUGAUUCCAAGGCUGUGAUCCGGGAGAUCCAGAAUGCUUCCCACCGGGUGGUCAUGAUCACCGGUGACAACCCACUUACUGCCUGCCACGUGGCCCAGGAACUACACUUCAUUGAGAAGGCACACACACUGAUCCUGCAGCCUCCCACAGAAAAAGGUCGACCCUGUGAGUGGUGCUCCAUCGACGGCAGUGUUGUGCUACCCCUGGUCCAAGGCUCCCCGAAGACACUGGCCUCGGAGCAUGCCCUGUGCCUCACAGGCGAUGGCUUGGCCCACCUACAAGCCGAGGACCCCCAGCAGCUGCUGCGCCUCAUCCCCCAUGUGCAGGUGUUCGCCCGAGUGGCCCCCAAACAGAAGGAGUUUGUUAUCACCAGCCUGAAGGAGCUGGGCUACGUGACUCUCAUGUGUGGGGAUGGCACCAAUGACGUGGGUGCCCUGAAGCACGCUGACGUGGGUGUUGCACUCCUGGCCAAUGCCCCAGAGCGGAUUGUUGAACGGAAGCGGCGGCCCCGCGACAGUCCCGUCCUGAGCAACAGUGGUGUCAGGGCCACCUCCAGGGCAGCCAAGCAGAGGUUGGGGUUCCCACCCCCAGAGGAGCAGCCCACCUCCCAGAGGGACCGCCUGAGCCAGGUGCUGCGGGACCUCGAGGAUGAGAGCAUGCCCAUCGUGAAGUUGGGGGACGCCAGCAUCGCAGCACCCUUCACCUCCAAGCUCUCAUCCAUUCAGUGCAUCUGCCACGUGAUCAAGCAGGGCCGAUGCACACUUGUGACUACGCUACAGAUGUUCAAGAUACUGGCGCUCAAUGCCCUCAUCCUGGCCUACAGUCAGAGUGUCCUCUACCUGGAAGGCGUCAAGUUCAGCGACUUCCAGGCCACACUGCAGGGGCUGCUGCUGGCUGGCUGCUUCCUCUUCAUCUCCCGCUCCAAGCCCCUCAAGACCCUGUCCCGAGAGCGGCCCCUGCCCAACAUCUUCAACCUGUACACCAUCCUCACGGUCCUGUUCCAGUUCUGCGUACACUUCCUAAGCCUUGUCUACCUAUACAGCGAGGCCCAGGCCCGGAGCCCUGAAAAGCAGGAACAGUUUGUGGACCUGUACAAGGAGUUUGAGCCAAGCCUGGUCAACAGCACUGUGUACAUUAUGGCCAUGGCCAUGCAGAUGGCCACCUUUGCCAUCAACUACAAGGGCCCGCCCUUCAUGGAGAGCCUGCCUGAGAACAAGCCUCUGGUGUGGAGCCUGGCUGUGUCACUCCUGGCCAUUGUGGGCCUGCUGCUCGGUUCCUCGCCUGACUUCAACAGCCAGUUUGGCCUUGUAGACAUCCCCGUGGAGUUCAAGCUGGUCAUCGCCCAGGUCCUGAUCCUUGACUUCUGCCUGGCACUCCUGGCCGACCGCGUCCUGCAGUUCUUCCUGGGGACCCCGAAGCUGAAAGUGCCUUCCUGAGACAGCAGUGCCAGCACCCACUGCCCACCCUGCUACCGCUGUGCAGGGACCCCAUGUGGGCCCCUGGAGGGAACACUGCCCCCACGGCAAGGCCAGCCCAGCCUUACCCACCAAGACUGAGCUGGGACCCAACUCCUCUCUCUCCCCAUGGCUGUCCUAGGGCCUGGCUGGCAGAACCAGCCCCCAGCCAGCACCUUUGGUAAAUAAAGCAGCAUCCACAAUUUUAAGAA